CUGAAAGAAUAAUAUGUGCAAAACACCGGCCUCAUUGCACAAAUUAGUUGGUUGCAGUGUGGCCAUCUGACAAAAACAUGACAUGCGCAUGCGCGCAAUACUCCCCAAUCUUUUUCAAUGUAUCGACAAUAGAUGGCAGCACACAAACCUAGUCAGCUAAAAUAUGCAUGCAGAACAAUAAUAUGACAUCAGCUGUUACUGCAAAAAUCAUCAAGUUGCCUUUGCCAUUCACACUUAGGCGCAAAUUUUGUUCAACUAGGUGGCAUCCUCUAUUUGCAUCAUUUUGGCGGGGUUAUGGAAGCACGUUUAGAAAUAAAGCUGCUGGAACCAAAUCCACUGUUUACGCGCUGGCUGGAACGCUGGCUCCACGAGGCCGAGCGUCGUAAUCGCAAGUCCCAGCACAAGGUGCGGCAGGCGCUGGAGGCGUUGCGCAACUACCCGCUGCCACUCUACAGCGGGCGCGAGUGCGCCGUUCUGCGUGGAUUUGGCUCAACGCUCUGUCAGCUUAUCGAUGAUGAGCUGCGGCAGCACCAGAUGCUGGCAGGCAAAGGAACGCUGCCAAUGGCUGCCACUGCAACACAGUACCAGGAUCAGGUUCAACAGGUGGUUAAAGUGGUGCAAAAGAAACAACAAAAACAGCAGCAACUGCUGAAGCAGCCCAAGAAAUUGACAAAAAAAGCACAACUGGAGCUGGCAGCAGCUGAAGAACGGGAGCGCAUCGUCCACAUGAGCGCGGGCAGCUAUCGCAUUGUGCUGCUCGUCGACACGCAAGAGACAAGCGGCAAAAACAAGCGCAUAUUAGACCAAACGCGCAGCUAUCUGCAGACUCUGAACGUGGAGCACGAAGUGCGCCGCCUAACCGUCGGCGACUUCCUGUGGAUAGCACGCGAUGCCGCCGGCAAUGAGCUGGUGCUGCCCUUCAUCGUGGAGCGCAAGCGCAUGGACGAUUUGGCCAGCAGCAUACGCGAUGGCCGAUUUCACGAGCAGAAGCAUCGCUUGGGCCAGUGCGGUCUGCCGCACAUUAUCUACCUGAUCGAGGACUAUGGCGACAAUGAGCAGCUCGGUCUGCCGCUAGACUCCUUGCAGCAGGCGCUGACCAACGCGCGCGUCCAGUCCGUAAACAUCCAAGUUGUACGUUCUGACAAUCACUAUCGCUCCAUGUGCUAUCUGAGAGGCGUGAGUAGCGCCUUGGAGCAGCUCUAUGUGCACGCAGCCAAGUCGCUGCACAGCGUCGACAAGACGCAGCUGGAGGCACAGUCUGCCGACAGCUCCAGGAGCAAAAGUCAUGUGGGUUUGCUCAAGUUUCGUGCCCUCUAUGAGGAUUCUGCGCGCAAUGCGCAGCUAACGGUGCGCGAGGUGUUUGUGCAGCAGCUGCUCCAGCUGCACUCUCUCUCCCUCGAUCGUGCCUUAGCAAUUGUGGAGCGCUAUGCUACGCCGCGCCAGCUGCUGGAUGCCUACGGGAAGUGCCAAAACGAGGCCGAGGCACGUCUACUGCUGGCCGGUCUGUGCUGUGGUCCGCUACAGCGUCCAUUGGGUAAAAAGGUGAGCCAGUGUAUCCAUCAGUUUUAUAUGAGCGAAUUUUAGGGAUUAGGUUUAGUAAUUGUAUUUAGUAGGUAUUAGUUAAUUGGACAUAUCUAAAGUUAUAUACACAUAUUUAUACAUUAA